AAUUUCUUCCCCAUUUCCUGUUUCUUCAUCGCUGGCAAUACCUUGGUAGUACAUUUUAGUUUCGGUUUCUAGUUGGCAGGAUUGCAUAGCUGUGACAGAACAAGGAGGAUAGCUGUUAUUUUUUUCAGAGCAAAUGCGUGUGCGUGUGUCUCUGGGAUCGUCCUCGAAUAUAUUCGGCUUACUCAUCCUAUUUUCAUCAUGUCAUGAGAUUUUCAAUACAAUGUGAUGUACUAUGAUAGAUAGGCCUACCAUCAUAACAACGUCAACAUCAUUGAAUUUGUCAUUUGAAUAUUUGAACUUGAACUUCACUUGAUCUAAUCUAGAUCUAGAAUCUAGAUCUAGAUUUAGAUCUGCUCCUCAUCAACUCAACUGACUCUACAGUUGUAUUGCUUUUCAAAUUGACUUUGAUUUCUGUAAAUUCAGUCAGUGUAAGUGGGCUAGAUAUGUAGCCUAUUGUAGCUCUGGCUGUGGAUUUUGACUUUCCUUCAUCUUUUCGUGUUCAAGUCAGAUCUUGAUCAAGAAAUCUAGGCUAUCUAGAUACUAGAUCUAGAUCUAGAGUAUAGAUAUCUAGAUCUAGAAUCUAGAUGUAGAUUGAUAUUCAUAUUUUGAACAGGAGAAGCUUUUCUUCCUCAUGAUCAUAUUAAUUAAUAAAAUCAUAGAAACAAACUAAAACUUAAUACAAUAUCCUCAUUGUAAUUUACAUACACACGCCUUCCGCUGAAGAUAAUGGAUAGUGAAUUGAAAAGGACACAACACAGUUGUCAUAAUUCCAGUUUAGAUCUUUUCAAUGAAAGUCUAGUGGGGACAUCUUAUGAUGAUGUCCAAGACAGUUGCCACGUUCAAGAACAGAGCCACCUGCUGGAUGAGGCAAAUAUAACAAGGGAAAGUAGUUCAAGUGAAUCCAGCAGCAAUGCAACAGCAACAAAGGCAAAGAAAGUGUAUUCUCAUAUUGGUCAAUACUCCAAAUCAAGUGUCAUUUCGGCAGGCAGUCCCGAUAUGAAAAGUGAAAGGGAAAAAUUUCACCAGACGCAAGAGUGUAUUCUUGUUGAGCCAUCUGAUGAGGAAGAUUCUAUACAAAAUUGCUCUCAACAAUCUGCCACGAAUAGCAGCAGUGGUUCUUGUGAAGAGUGUGAUAGUUAUUUAAAUAUGACUAAGCAUUCGACUCACAGUGACAAAAGUAAAGAGAAUAAACAAGUGAGUCCACAUGAUGAUAAAGAUGCACAAGAUAGUGAUAGUUCUAUGGUUGAAGGCCCAAAUAGAGAAACACCACCAGCAGAGAAACCAACAGAAUUGAACGCCCAUUGGAGUAGCGAUAAAUUAGAUUUGAUUUGCCCCUUUUGUGAUGCUCGUGAAGAAAGUUUGUAUCGCUUGGAGUUCCAUGUCUCUACCAUGCAUCCCGAUACUGAUGUACAAAUGGAAACGGGUGCAUUCUGUGAAAACUUGCAUGAGUUGGAUGGUGCCACAGUGACAGAUAUUCAGACACUGUCCUGUCCAUUAUGUGACCUUGAAGUUGAUAGUGAAAUCGCACUUGGAGCUCACUUGAAGAUACUGCAUGGGGACAUUCUCGAUGAUGGAGCCAGUAUGUCGUGUCCCCUUUGUGACUUCACAAGCCGGAAGGAAGAUGAUCUACGCAGGCACAUGCAGGGUCACCACAAUGAUACAACUUACUUUGGUGUGAGUUGUAGUAGUGAUGCCACAGAAUCUUCUAGCCAUGAGCCCGCCUGCCCUAUUUGCAGUCAAGUUUUUGGGGAUACAGACCUUCUGACGUCUCAUGUGGAAAGUCAUUUUGGGACCACAUACCAGUCAGGAGCCCAUUCCAGUGCAUGUUCUUCAAGUUUUAAUGAACCAUACCAGUCUAAGCCAAUGGACAAUGUCCUAAAGGAUCACCAACCAUCUGAGAAUGUGAAGAAAGCAGGCCUACCUGCAAAGAAAGCAAAAGUUCAAGGAAAGUGUGCUUUUGAUAAACAAUAUGAACAAAAUCUGGAGCGAGCAGUGGCCCGAGGAGAAGUGUCAGUGGGCGAGUACCACGAGCAGCGGGGCAGGGCAGCCCGCAGAGGGGCCGACCAUGUGGAUGAUGGCCAGACGAGAGUUCAAGGAGUCAUCCAGAGGCUGCACCAGCUGUUCAACUCUCAGGCUCGUCUCGGACAGGAAGUGCGGCUUUGUUCUCCUACGGACCACUUUGCUGGGUCUUAUGGGGACAAAGGCUGGGGGUGUGGCUACAGAAAUUUUCAAAUGAUGCUAUCGUGUCUUUUACGGAACCCCAAUUAUGCCGAAAAAAUAUUUCCAGAUGGACAAAGGGAUAUUCCAUCAAUACCAAGGAUCCAAGAAAUGAUUGAGUCUGCUUGGAAAAAAGGGUUCGACCUCCAAGGCUGUCAACAACUAAAAGGUCGACUUUCCAACACUCGCAAAUGGAUUGGUGCAACGGAAAUUGUGGCUCUAUUGUCUUCCCUUAGGAUCAAAUGUCAUCUCGCUGAUUUUCAUGCUCCUUCAGCUCCUGAUGGAACACAUCCUCGUCUCCUGGAAUGGAUUUGUGAUUAUUUCAGUGAGAGGAGUGGGUUCAAACCUCCACUUUAUCUACAACAUCAAGGUCAUAGUCGCACCGUUGUGGGAGUGGAGAAAGAGAAAGGAGCGGUCAAGUUGCUGCUCUUUGACCCCGGCACACCCUCGGAGCAAAUGGCAGCCGUCGCUCAGACCCCAAUGACCUGGAAGCAGAUGAAAACGUUCCGGCGCUCACUCCUUGGCUUCAAGUCCAGACAGUAUCAGGUGGUGGCUGUGACGGGUUUGCUUUCUGAAUCUGAGUGUCAGCAAAGCAAAAUUCUGAAAUCGGAAAGAGUUGUUUGAAGUGAACUUUACAUCACCAUUUGUAGCUGAAAGCCAAGCAUUCCAGGAAAAGAAACAGACCCUCCAAUUUUUCACUCUUCGUAAUAUGUACUUUUUGGAUACCGUGGAAUCAUGUGUAAUAUUAAAUUUGUGUGAGAUUGCUAUUUAAUUGAUCUUUGUCUAAAGACCUUUUUCUAGAGUUAUAAUCCUUAAAAUUGAGAAUCUUUACCAAUUUAUUCAGACUCUUAAUUUUUUUAAAAUACGUAAUAUGCUGUACGAUUUUCUUUUCUGCAUGUUCUUAAAAGUUGUAUAUAUUAUAUACUGUUAUUUUUCUACACAUGUGACAAAUUCUAAAGAGCAAAAUGCAAUAUAAUGGUACUGAACAGUGUCAGUAGUUUAAGGUACUGCAAUCAGUGACAUUUUGUAGACAACUGUUCUUUCUUAGAGAACAAAGCUGCCAAACAGUAUUUAUAAAAGAUGUUUUUGGGGGACUAAAUACAAAAUUCCAUUCUUGUAUUAGAAAAUAUGUAUUCUGUUUUCUAGUAUUGCUCCUCACAAACUUGCUAAUGCAAAGGAAAAAUUAUGAACUUUCAAGACUGGAUUUGCAAAUAAUCAGAACAAAGCCCACAAGUGGAAUGGAGAGCUCUUUUGUUAAGUGUACUUUGAAGAGUUUGAAUCUGUUGAGUGCAAAAAAAGUGUGUGUGAAGGGUUGGGGGGGGGGGGGUUGCUUGGCCAAUGCACACCAUCUUGAGAUUUUUAAUAAAUUUGUCAGCUGUGCUAAAAGGUUAUCACAACUUGUUUUAUUUGGGAUUAGGAUAUGCUGAAAAGUUGUCGAGAGAAAAAUGAAAUAACCAGAGCUGCUGGGUGUACGAGGGUCACAUUUGAUUUUUGCUAGCGGAGUUGGAGUGGAGAUGCGCUGAGAAACCUCAAAUAAUACAUAUGUUGAAGGAAACUUGUAAUAAAAUAUGUUUUCAAGAAAAACUUAUAUUUACUGAAAAUAAGCCUCUGAAUAGGCUGCAACCUUUGAAAUUAUUCAAAUAAACAAAUCAAUUAAAGCUUAAGUGCGAAUGCAUUCUUUCUCUGUGCGUUUUGUGUUGUAAUGGUUAUAAUAAGGACAACUACUUUGUGCAACAGGAAAUGGCAAAGAAAUAAAUGGAUGUAGCGAGAUUUUGUCUUGAUAGGUUUAAUUGACUUUGCAGAACAAGAAAACUUUAGUAGCCUUAUUCUUCUUCUUCUCGAUCGCAUCACACUUGAAGUCUGGUAUCUGUCAUAAAUUAGGCCGUCCUGCUCAGUUCAUCUGUGGUCUUUAUUAGUCUAAUCUAGGUGUUUAGAAAACAAACAUGGAUCUGGAAUCCGUUGACAUUUAAUUUUGGUUGAGAUUUUCCAAUAAGUAAUAAGUGUUAUAAGCUGUGUCUCAUUAUUUAUUCAUUUCUACAAAUUUGAAGAUAUGUAUUAUUGAAUUGGUUAUAUAUUCAUUUGUAGCAAUAAGUCUUGUGCCAGUCUGAGUCACAGUAGAAUUUUGCAAAGUGCUGCAACUCCUGUGAAAAGCAUGUGCAGUUAAUAUAAUGUAUAACGCUCAAAAUAAAGUUCCCCAUGAUGUCA